AUGCCAAGGGAUACGGAGGAUGGCGAUCAGCUAAGGGGCAUGGAGUUGCCUAUCGACAGCGACAUCCUAGAAGAGCGGCGCGAAGUGCCUGACGAUCGCUGCCCGGCCUCCGAAUCCCACUACCUUCUUCCCCAUGAGUACGACUGCACAAAGUUCUACUACUGCGAGUACGGCCUCAGGUGGCUGAACCCGAGGAACUGUCCCCUAGGCACAGAGUUCUCGGCGGAGAUACAAGUGUGCAUUCACCCGACAUUAGCAAACUGCACGCUCCCGGGAUCACCAACACCACCCACAACAACGACGACGACCACACCGGCCCCAACAACUACAACCACAACGACAACCACAACCACACCGGCACCAACGACCACCACAACUACCCCUGAACCAACCACGACCACUACUACACCCGAGCCGACGACCACGACGACAACCACAGCCCCGACGACAACUACCGAUCCGUGCAUAUGUCCACCGACCACAACAACGACGACCACAACGACAUCUGCACCGUGCGUUUGUCCACCGGCUACAACGACGACCUCAGUCGCGACGACAACGACACCGGCAUCAACAACGACACCGGUUUCAUCAAGCACUGCUUUGACGACCACAACCACGCCAGAAUGUGGAGGCCAGGGCACGCUGCCUAACGGCUGCCCCGCCGAUUUCAGCGUAUACCAACUGUUACCUCAUGAGACGAACUGCUCCAGAUUCUACUACUGCCUGCGCGGCGAACUAGUAUUGCGGGAGUGUCCGUCUGGAACGCAUUUCAACGCUCAAUUGCAGGUAUGCGACUGGCCGGCUAACGCUGGUUGCGAUCCUAACGCCGGGGGAGGUUGUGAUUGUGGUGACGGAGAUGACAACGAUGGCGACAACGGAGGCGGUGGUGGGGAUGGUGGUGGGGGCGGCGGUGGGGGCGGCGGUGGCGACGGCGGAGGGGACGGUGGAGGGAACGACACAGGACUCCUGCCCAACGGCUGCCCCGCAGACUUUGACGUGCACAAGUUAUUACCACACGAGUGCAACUGCAGCCUAUUCUACUACUGCGUCCGCGGGGAGAAGGUGGAGCGCUCUUGUCCCACUGGGCUGCACUUCAAUCCCGUUCUGCAGGUGUGCGACUGGCCGCAUUCGGCGGGCUGUGAAAGUGGCGGAGGCGGCGGUGGUGGCGGCGGAGGCGGAGGCGGCGGUGGCGGCGGAGGCGGUGGAGGUGGCGGCGGAGGCAGUGGCAAGUGCGAGAGCGGCUGCAACGUGUUGCCAUGGGCCCACGAGACCGACUGCAACAAGUUCUGGCGGUGCGACGGCGAAAGGGAGGUGCUGACGGUCUGCUCGGAGGGUCUGCACUUCAACGCUCAGACCUACACCUGCGAUUUCAUCUGCUACGCGAACUGCCAGCGAAACAACAUUGAGGCCACCUCUUACUACGGCGGGCUGAAGCUCUUCAUCCCCUGGGACAGGGUCGACCACAAUUGGAUCGGCCAGUACAUUGGUGAAAUAGAUCAC